AACGACGCGUCUAUGUCGCGACCUUCGACAGUCCCACCUUUGUUGAUCACAGAAGCUCUUGGUUUCUCUCCCCAACUUCUACUCGACGACAUCAUCAAUAUCGCAAAUGCCGCUGUCACGGAUGGCGUCAAUGGUCUAGAAGGAUUUUUGCAGCAAUGGGUGGAGAAGAGAUCAGCUGGAAAACAAAAUUACAAUAACCAAGAAAUCGAACAGGGACUUGUCGCUUUUCAGACCCUCCUAGAACACCAUACUGAUUUAGCCUUCGAUUUCUUUGAGGCAUGGUGUUUAAGGAAUAUUUUCGCUAUUCCCUCGGAGCUGCCUAUAGUUCUGCCCCACCAGGAGAACCUAGACCUAACUAUUAAGCCUGGGAAGGAAGAGGAACUCAUGGAGGAGGUUGCCAGAUUGCGUGCACAGGUUGACAACCAACAACGUCUCCAUUUACUCCUAUCACGGGCAUUGCGGGUCGCUAAGAAGAAACGUUUACAGGCCGAAAAGCGGCUCGACAAGGUCUCUACAGUUGAUUCACAGCGCCUCGACAUCCUCGGGAAGCUACCUCAGCAAUUAAUGGCUAUGAAUAACGCUGUUAUUAACCUUCCACCCUUGGAUCCUGCGACGAUAGCAGCCCUGACUCAGUUCCCGUUAAAUGAGCCAGGAAAGCGCGAAUGGGAAACUAGUAAGACGGGUUAUCUCAAUUGGGCGGUAACCCAACUUACGGAACGAACGAGAGAAGAUCAACCUGGGAGCUCUGCUGUGGUCCACAGCAUCAUGCAUAAUGUUGAAGAAAUUGGAAAGGCUGAUCAGUUACGACAAGCAUUCGAGGUGACAGAGCACCUUGCCAUCGGAUUGCAGGAUAUGGACAGGUCUACGGAACACUCAAAGAUGGAAGAGUGAUCUCUAUGACUGUAUCUUUAUAUUAUGUAUUACUGUGUUCCUUUGUUCUGAAGAUCAAUCUACCGUCGAUGUUCCAGGCGUUGCCGAAC